AGGUUGUAUAGCAUUUGAAUAUGAAUUUAAUUCGAAUCUAAAAUGUAAAAAACAAAACCGUUGUUGUAGAGCGAGUGUUGUUGUCGAGCAAGAGUAAAAAAAGUUUAUGUUGUUGUCAGAAAUAUUUGUUAUAAAGAAGAAAAACGUACGAUGAUAUAACGUCAAAACGGGAACUGAUUGGAAUGUGUCAGACAAUUGUAGCUAGCUGUACAUUUUCAAUUUGUUUUCUUUGGGAUGAGGCGAAGUUUAGUAAUCGAAGUAAAAAACUGAUUGGACUUUUAUCCAGAGAACGCUAGCUAGCGGCCUACUGAGAAAGGCGAAAGAAAAAACAGAAGACGUUCUUCAAAAGAUGUAUCAAGGAAAAGCCCCCUACAUCUUGUUAGGGUUAACUUUAAUCACUCUUUUCUGCACUUUAUACAAACUCAAAGGCAAUGAGUAUUGUUAUACAAAUGCAUUUGGUGUGCCAAAACCGGAGAAAGUUGAAGUAACGCAAGUAUUACCACAAGAGGUGUUUCUCCGCACUAUAGCUAUAGAUUUGCCUGAAAAGAAAAUUGAAUAUUUUAAAUACCAACGUAACUUGAAAAUGAAUAAAAAAAACAAGGCAAAAAUAGCUCAUGGAGAAUGUAUUCCACCAGCAAAAAUGGAAGACUCAAAAAAGAUGAAAAUGAUUUUAAUGACUGAUUUUAUUCCGUACUUUGAGAAAUUUCAUCGAGACAAGAGUGAGAUAUCGGGGAGUAGACCCCCAACAAAUGAAGAAAUUGAUGCUAGACUGUACGAAGUAGUUGAAACCAUGCAAUUAAACUUAAAUCAUGAAAAUAUACAAUCCAUUUAUGUAUUCGUCGAUUCGCUUGAAGCUGUGGACUACCUCUCAUCGUUAAAUUUGGUUAACAGCGAAAAUUUGGUGAUACAACAUCUUUCUAAACAGCACACAAUAAAAACGUAUGUGGAAUUUGCGGCUGGAUGCUUUAUGGAUAGAAUUGUGGUCAUAGGACAGCAGGAUAUUUUGUUUGGAAAAGGCUGGGAUCAGGUCAGUUAUAAAGUAAUGUCAGAAAAUCGCCUAAUGUACGCGUUGACCCGACAACCAGCGUAUAACUCCAAUUGUUUCAAUACCAACGUUAAUUCCGCUAAUUGUAAAACAUUUGCGUAUUUGGGUAGUCAUGAUGUAUUUGCAUAUCACGUUAAAGACAUAUUUACGAAAGAGAUUUUAGAAAUUCUCGACAUAGAACAGAAUAAAUUUGGGCUGGAAAACUACUUUAUAUGGGUGUUUCAAAACAAGUUGAAAUUUAAAGUGUUAAAUCCUUGUUUAACAUUGUACGCACAUCAUCAACAUUGCGUUCCGAUACGAGCCAAAAGUACAACCAGGAAGCGUAUAAACAACGGAACAACUACUGGCCUGGCUGGUUUUACUGACAAACUUACACCCUAAGUUUACAUUUUUAACAAGUAACUAUUUUUCAUUGCGGUGGUAGGUUAUAACAUUAUGCAAGAUCAAACUUGUAAAUAGAUUUGAUGAUUUUGCUGGUCUGUUUUUCUAUUUUUUUGUCACGAUUUUUACGCUAUUUUUGUUGCCAAGUACGCGACAUUCACUUAUUCGUAUUAUUUGUGUUUAUUAUUAUUAUUAUUAUUAUUAUCAUUUAUUUGUGUUUAUUAUUUAUUUGUUAUUUCUUUCUGACAACUCUGUUGUUGUUGCCAUUUUAGUCGUUGUUGUUGGAACGAACUUUUAUUAUCUUAAUCUAUUUUCUUGGGUCCUUCGAACUUUUGUUAAUACUUUCUUGUAAAAACUCCGGUUAACUCGUAUCUCGGAUAACUCAAACAUUCGUUAAUCCGACCCAUUUUUAGUGCACCCUGGGUUUAAUUUCUUCUGAUAACUCGAACUUUUUAGAGAAAUGGAAAUCAAUGACAAGAUAAAUGUCAAAAGUUUUUUUUAGUUUUUCUUCACUUCUGAUGUAAUAUAGAAAGAUAAUGUUGUCUGUCAAGGAAAUAUAAUUUAAAAGGGA